UCAAUGUUACUUAAUUUUAUGUUGAUAUAUGGACAGUAAUUAUUAUAUAUACCUCCUGUGCAAUGAAAGAAAUCAUUAGAAAGCCAUUUUUUGAGACAGUCACCUCGGUAAUCCGAUUUUUAUAACUACAGUUUUUUUUAUAUCGGCUAACAAUUUAUCUUAAUUGUCAAUUUAGCACUCAAUAUGGCCUCACGCGUAUACAUCAAGCAGGUCAAUAUUCAUCUCAAGGUGUCAAAAAGAAACGAAGGAAAAAUUAUAAAGAAGGGAAUAUUCACACCUAACUGUUAUAUCUAUACAAGUAAACAAAAAAUCAGAUCAUUUUAAACAUGACGUCACAAACGUUCCAGUUUUUGUGUCUGAGUCUGAUAGUCACGUGGACAAAUGGUCAAGGCGCGGAUCCAUCGGCAAUUAAAGAGUGUACAGAACAAGGGAAAUGUUACUGGAAGGGUGAGUGUAAAUCCCCGGGGCGGGGGCGGAUCUGGCAGGAUGUUGAGGAGUGUGCCGACAUGUGGUGCCACGCCUAUCAGUUCACCAAGUACAUCGCCAUUAGAGUGGACAGGUUUUAUGGGUGUCGAUACAAAGACCAGUGUAGGAAGAAGGAUGAGGAGUGGGAGGAAGAGGGGUGUGUUAAGCGGAAGUGUCAAAUUGGGGGACCACGUGGUUACACCAGGACUAUCAGCGUAUCAGAGCUAGGUUGUACCGAUUCUAAGGGGGUGUGUCACUUUCCCGGAAGUGCGUGGGAGGAAAACUGCGUCCGAUAUCAGUGUGUCAACACAAGGAAUGGGACUUCCAUUAAGGCGACACAAAAUAUAAUUUGGAAAGGCUGCCCUUACAAUGGUACGUGUUUAGAGGAAGGAAGUGUCGUCACAGACCCUGACAAUAAGUGUAUCACCAAACGCUGUGUGAUAGACCAGAGCGAUCGGGGAUUCCACAGAGUCUUAGAACUGGACACGAUCAAAUGCGAGGACGCCAAUGGAAUAUGCCGUAAUGAGACGGACACUGGGUGGCCAUUGUAUGUCCAGGGCACUCUCCAUAACAACUGUCAUUGUAAGGUGAUCCGGAAAGAUGAUGGGUCCGUGUCCAUUCGGAAGGGAUGUUCUGGUUAGCUAGAUGUUGGAGUAAAAGCGUUUUGUUAAAAAACUAUUAAAUCUAUAGAAAGCCUCAACUUAUAGUAUGCUUCUUUGA